AUAAGGCCCAGCGACGCAGCUGCGAGAGGCAGUGUUGCGACAGCGAGUGCGGAGUCCGUGCAACCAGCAGCGUAUCAGAGUCAGAAACUUGCAAAAUACGUAAUUCUGUGCGAGCGACAAGCGCCAGUGGAAUGAAAGCAAGACGCUACCAAACCGAGACUCCUGCAUGAUAAUACUGUGUGCAUGUAGAGGAGUCCUGAGAUGGCGGAGUCCAGGGGCCACUGGCUACUGCGGCGACUUCAGCAGUGGCCGGACCUCGCCAACCACACGUACACACUCGCAGCCUUCCUCGCAGCGUGCCUGCUCGUGCCCAUCGUCAUCGCUCUAUGCACUGUUGUGACCGGCGCACGGAGCUUCUGGCUGGGGCUGCUGAAGCGACGCUUCCCGAAGCUGGAGUUCGUGAGCAACGUCACAGUCCGAUCGGCCACAGACACUAUGAGGAACCAAGGCAUCAUCACCCUGCUGUUCACAGUUAGGGGGAGGGUCGAACCCACGCUCAUCAAGGAGAGACUACAGGAGGACAUACUGAGGAGACGAGACCGGAAGGGGAAGCUGACGUUCCCGCACCUGCAGACGGCGCUCACCACGCGCUGGGGAUGCUAUGCUUGGCAGAAACCGGCCUACUUCUCUCUGGACAAUCAUCUGGUUGUCGGCAGCGCUCUCUUCCGGGGCAGGGCAGUUAAUGACUGGAACAUACAGGAGUGUGUGAGCGACAUCGUGUCCAAGUACCUUCCCUCCGAGCUGCCUCCCUGGCAGAUCACCAUCAUACCCAGCACCGGCGGCCAAGAAGAGCGCUUCUACCUGCUGAUCCGCAUCCACCACCUGCUGCUAUCGGAGGAAGGCCUCUGCCUCGGUGACCUGCUGCUUCUCGGACCUGAACAACCGACCAUAUUCAAGAGACGCCUUGACGAAGACGACGAAAACCCCAGAGAUGAGGCCCCAGUCAGCAGCAGUCCGCUGACAGGGCUGUUCCCAACCCCCGUCGCUAUCCCCAGACUCUACAGCAGCAUCCGUGGUUUCAUUUCAAAGCGCUGGACCCAACUCGCAGCCGCGUACGACCCGGCAGAAAACCCAGAGAUCCUGAAGUCUCCUCCAGGAAUUCAAAUAUGCGUCAUUCUCAUCCUAAUAACGGCCGUGUCCAUCACCAAGGAGUUGCUGGCACUGGCAAGGAGAACAGACGUGUCACUGUACAGGAAGAUCUUGCGCAUAAGGUCUACAGUCGUAACCGAAGCAGGAAAACGUCAGUGUACGCCCCAGCAGCUCUGCAAGGGGAUAAUCAAUUCUCUGAGCCCUAAGCAACUGAUCCUGUCCUGUGUCAGUGGGUCCUGGCAAGUGAGUUAUAUCCUCACAGUGACGCUUCCUGUGUUUGUAAUGUCCGAGAUUCGGUUCUUGGUAUCUAGGAAAAGGAAUUACGGCAUCUCUGAAUGUAUACCAGAAACCGCAUUCAGUCAGUGGGGUUUGGUUCUAGCGGCCAUCAAGGAAUUGUUCUGUAUCUGCGCCAUCGUGUACACGGCUCCCAGAAUGUUGGUUCAGGAGCUCAUAACGUCACACCGCGGCGCGAUGCACCAACUCCAAACAGUCUCACUGUGCGGGCGCAAAGUAGUCGCAUGGUCAGAUCCGGUUCCUCUUGAAGUUAUUCGUAAAAUCAGCUUAAAUGUCAGUGCCUCGACAACUGAAAUCUUGCUGAGUUCUGUUUCUGGUGCAUUGAGGGAAUACUUCCUCCAGUUCCGCCUGCCAGUCCCAGAGUCGGUGCUCACUACAGCUAGGUACAUGCCACUGGAAGGUCUCAUGAGAUCUUCACGAAGUGCUGACGACAGUUCCGGGUCUCCAUCGGGUCGAGGGCUUCUCUGCUUGGCGCUCCCCACUUCUCCUCUUUAUGAUGAUCCCAAGGAAAGCGUUCUAGAAACCCAAAGUAUACUGAAGAAGGCUCGCCAGAGGCAGGCUGCAGUCUACCUGGCGUCUAUUUGGCAGCUCGACGGGGGUCACAUCACGAGGAUCCUGCCGACCCUGGCUGUUAGACUUGUUCUCAACCAUCUAUCGAGGAGGUACGCCGUCGCUCUGACCCAGGUUUCUCCUGAAAUAUCAGGCGAAACUCGAUACAGACUGAUCUGGGGCCAGGAGGUUGAGGAUGCCAUGUACUGGAGACCGCCACAGUCCAAUAUAAGCGUGUCCCUCACCCUGAUGACAUACGGGGAUACAGUGCGACUGGGCGUCAUGUCCGAUUCCAUGAUUGCGCCUCAGCACACCAACAUUGUAACGGGAUUCCUCGAUCAGGUGUACCAACUUGCAGCACAGACUGAAGUGCCACUAGACCGCGCCAGUUUUUCUCACGUCUACCAACCGAACAUUCCUCCAGAAGGAACCACCAACGCGCAUGGAUCACACACUUCUGGGUCUUCAGCGUCUGAAGAACUUCGGCGUUUGGCAUCAAGCUAUGUAGAUCUGAACAUUUCUACGCCUUCAGGCAACUCUGGGUCUGACAGCCCACCGUCAAGUUGUAGUUCCCAUCCCUUGAACGAAGACAACGCCUUCCCUGUCAUAGAUUAGAAACGCACGCUUCUCGCCAAUUGUAAUUUCACAUUUCCGUCCACUUCUGCCAACCGCGGCACUUGGCUUCAUGUAUCUCAGUCGGAAUAGUGGCCAGGAGAAUACGAGAGGAACAGGGGUUCGAUUUCCGGCAGUGUCCAGUUUCCAAACCGUCUCAGGAUCCCAACCAGCCUCCUGUCCCAUGCAUACCAGGGUCUCUUCUUCAGAGUAAAAAAGCCGUGGCGUGAAGCUGACAAUUCACCUCCAUCCAGUGCCGAGGUUGAGAAUGCAUGGACAUAUACUCCCUGUGCCCCACACGCGAUGAAGGCGCUGCCCAUUGGUUCCGCAGCAAGAACUGGCAUAUGGUGGUGGCAGGGCUCCAGUUCUAUGGCUCGGAGGGACUGCGUGUCUCUUCCUGCGACGCUACUUAUGCUCGUACUUUGUGUCAAAUGUGUGUUCAUAUUUCGGGCGGGGGAUGUGCGUGUAUUAAAGGAACAGAUAACUUA